GGCUGCAUCACUGCAGACUUCAGCCCAAAUGCUCUUAAGUAGGCUGACACGGAUUGAUGAACUUUUAUGUUUCCUAAAGCUAUUAAUUUUUUUUCGCUUGUAAAAACAUAUAAAUGCGAGCAGAAACGCGUUUAGGCUUAGAAGUCACUUCAAGUCAUGCAACUCUGAUCUCCCGCUGAUACUUUGAAUACGACUAAAUACAGGAGCUGACUAUGGGGAUUUUUGCAGCCUCACCUGCGCGCACACAUCCUGGAAGUUAGCCUGAAAGAGGAGGGACACCCACAGAACUUGUUUGUAAAACUCGCCUUUUUCCCCUCUGCAGAACCAUGCAGAGCAACAGCAGCGCCUCCGGACCCCUCGCCGCUCUGAGUGUGUGCGGAGGAGAGGAGGAUGAACGCGAAAUCUUCAAACUUGUCAGCCCCACAGAUGCAGCCUCCAACCUCGCAGCUUUUAACCUUUCACUGAACUGCUGGCUUCACAUCCUCUCCAAGGAGUCCUCCAUGGACCUGCAUGGAGACAGCGCGAACCUGGCAGUGCGAGUUGUCAUUGCACUGGUCUACCUAGUGGUGUGUGUGCUAGGGCUUGUGGGUAACCUCCUGGCGCUUUUCCUGCUCCACUCCCGCCGCCGGGGCCACCACUACUCCUCCAUCGACUGCUUUGUGAUGAGCUUGACGCUGACAGACCUCCAGUUUGUCCUCACAUUGCCAUUCUGGGCUGUGGACACGGUGCUGGACUUCCGUUGGCCCUUUGGACGGGUCAUGUGCAAGAUUGUGAGCUCGGUCACCACCCUGAACAUGUAUGCCAGCGUCUUCUUCCUCACCGCCAUGAGCAUGACCCGCUACCACUCCCUGAUUACCUCUCUAAAGAUGGACAGCCCUAGAAUCGCCACUGCUCGUGCCAAAUGGGCCAGUUUGGCAAUUUGGGUGGUGUCACUGGUGGCUACACUUCCUCAUGCUUUCUACUCCACCACAGUCCAGGUGUCUACUGAUGACGAGCUGUGCUUAGUGCGGUUCUCUGACUCCGAUUCAAGCUACUGGGAUCCUCAAGUCCUGCUUGGACUCUACCAAACACAGAAAGUACUCUUGGGAUUUGUAGUUCCUUUGAUUGUCAUCUCUGUGUGUUACCUCCUCCUCCUGAGGUUCAUCCUGAGCCGGCGCAUUGUAGGCAGCAUGGUCAGCGGAAAUGUGACAGAGAGGUCAGAGUGUGAGAGAGGACGCCACCGUCGCCGCUCCAAAGUCACCCGCUCUGUCACCAUUGUAGUUCUGUCCUUUUUCAUCUGCUGGCUUCCCAACCAGGCUCUCACCAUGUGGGGGGUGCUUAUCAAAUUUGACCUGGUGCCCUUCAGUAAAGCCUUCUACAACGCCCAGGCCUAUGCUUUCCCCCUGACAGUGUGUUUAGCUCAUGCAAACAGCUGUCUGAACCCGGUGCUCUACUGUCUGAUCCGGAAAGAGUACAGAGCUGGACUGAAGGAGCUUCUGCUGAGCGUGUCUCACUCCGUCCGAAAUGUUCUCACUCUGGCACUGAGAGGGAGGAGAGUGGAUGAAGCACCGCCCAGCCUGGUUAUGAUACACAAAGACAUCAAUAUGUGAUUUACUGUAUAAAAUGAAUAAUUUGACAUUUUGGGAAAUACAAUUAUUCACUUUCUUGCUAAGAGUUAGAUGAGAAUAUUAGAGGUCCAGUGUGUAAUAUUUAGGAGGAUCUAUUGACAGAAAUGCAAUAUAAUAUACGUAAAUAUGUUUUCAGUGGUGUAUACAGACCUUACAUAAUGAGCCGUUAUGUUUUCAUUAUUAGAAUGAGCCAUUUCUAUCUAAAUACACCGCAGGUCCAUGAGGGUUUACAGAGCAUGUUUCAUCACUAUGCUGAAUAUGUACUAAGAAGAAGAAGAAGUGGUAGUGGUAGUAGUAGUAGUAGUCGUCUGGUUUGUUAGAAGUAAGACGAGAAGUCAAAUUUGGAGGAAUAGAGCACCACACGUAUUAUUCAGCAAACGCCAACAGAGUGCGUCAGCCACCGCAGCUUCUACUAUGUGCUUGCAAAGGGAGGGGUGAGCGCUGAUUAAGCUGUUGGUUGCAAAUUGCAACCCUCACCACCAGAUGCCACUAAAACUUUAACACUGAACCUUUAAUAUCAUCCUCAUGUUUGGACCCUAAUGGUGCGUUCCAUUUGCCUCAGAAGUCGGAGGUCGGAGCUGGGAAUGACGUCACACCUGAGUUGUACACAGAAGUGCUAAUAAACAGUAUAAACUACAGCUUUUACUAACUGUUGAUGCUCAGAGCAGCCAUCUUGGGUCACGAAGUCAGGGUAGUGCGGUUCUCCUGACUUCAAGUCGGAAAUCCGAUUUCAGUGCACGUUCCCUUUGAAAUUUCCAAUGGAAUUGGAUUUAAAAUGGAAUGAACCAUAAAUAUGAAACUACAGCCAGCAGCAGGUUAGCUUAGCUUAAGACAACAAUUGAAAACAGGGGAAAUGGCUGCCUGGCUCUUUCCAAGGCUAAUUAAAUCCACCCACCAGUACCUCUAUAGCUCUUUAAUGGACAUGUUAUAUCCCAUUCGUUUAAUCAGUAUACACUCCAAAUUGAAAAAGCAACGAUUUGCCAUUUUACAAGGGGUAAUGUGCAGGACUAUUUCUUUGUGUUGGUAUUUGUUUGAAUUAAACAAACAAGACACACUGUGUUCAUUAGUGAGAUUUAGAGGUGCUGGUAGGCAGAUUUUGUUUCCUUUGGACAGAGCCAAAGCUAGAUGUUUCCUUGCUAACCUAGCCAGCUGCUGCCUUUAGCUUCAUAUUUAGCACACAAACAUGAGACACUGUCAUCCCUCUAAAUCUAUUUCAGCCCUCAAACACACACACUUUAGUAGACUCACCUGUUGCAGACAAACCUGAUCAUUUAUGUUUCAGCUUUAUUAAGAACUCCUCACCAGAUAUUCCACUGUGGAAAAAAUCUCUCUCUCCCUGAAUCACAAGUACAUUGUAGAAUAUUAUAAGUUUCCCUCGAACAAGACAGCUCUGAGUUACACUGUUGGCAGAUUUUCUUUUCUCUUCUCUGCAUCAAAAUACAGUGGUGAACAGCUCAACAUGUGAAGUGAUUUUUGUACUUUGCAUCUCAAACACCCACACAACCAAUCACAAGGACUGUAAUAUUAUUACAUUUCCAUUAGGACUGAUUGACUCAUAUUUAUUUGUGUAAUUGUUGCUAACUCAGUCAGGACACUAGUCUCCCACACAAACCGUAACUCCACGAUAUUUGUCAUUCAGUGUGUGUUUGAUGCUAGCAUGAAACUCUGUGCCAUUUUCAUGUCUCUUGUGUCUGCCUUGCCGUUUUGUGAUUACAGGUAUGUAAUGUGACAUUAAAUAAAAACAAGAGGACAAAAGAGUUUAGUGACGUCUCUGGAAGUUAAU